GUAAUAUGGGGCCUCGACAUGAAGGAAGUCCACUGGACCAAGUUCAAGAACAGCGACAUGUGGGCCGAAGGCUACCAUCUUCGCCGAACAAAAUUCAUCGUCUACCAAUGCGCUGUGAUUUUCAGCGUCGUUGGCGAGUCGCUUGCAACCUUUGCCUUGGGUGACUACAUCCACUCGCAACGAAAAGUCGCAAGCCUCGAUCCAAACGUCUACGUCUACAACAACGACUUUGUCGGCCCUGCAGCCUUCGACAUACCUGCCGGCGUCUUCGUGUCCUUCAUCUUCGGCGCCGCCUUCUUCUUUGACCUCUUCUGGCCGAUCCGCUGGGAGUCUCGAACAGUGCAGACAGCGUGGAGAAUCUGCGGAGUAUUAUCGAUUGCUUUCCAGCUGGCAUCAUCUUUAUGGUUGACGAUCAUCACGGCGAGGAAUUGUGGUUACUUUGAAGGAGCGGACCGGGAGUAUGGAGAGAGUCUGUUGAGCCAAUUCACGAAGGAUGGUGGAACGCCGCUUUGUUACAGACACAACCCACUGAUCGUGGCGGCGGUAGUAUUUGGAUGGUUGGGAUUCGUG